AUGAAGACCCCCCCCCGUCACACUCCCCCCAUCACCCACCUGGAGAGUACGACCCCCCAUCACACUCCUCCAUCACCCACCUGGAGAGUACGACCCCCCGUCACACUCCUAAAUCACCCACCUGGAGAGUACGACCCCCCGUCACACUCCUCCAUCACCCACCUGGAGAGUACGACACCAUGUCACACUCCUCCAUCACCCACCUGGAGAGUACGACCCCCCGUCACACUCCUCCAUCACCCACCUGGAGAGUACGACCCCUCGUCACACUCCUCCAUCACCCACCUGGAGAGUACGACCCCCCGUCACACUCCUCCAUCACCCACCUGGAGAGUACGACCGCCCGUCACACUCCUCCAUCACCCACCUGGAGAGUACGACCCCCCGGGUCUCACUCCUCCAUCACCCACCUGGAGAGUACGACACCAUGUCACACUCCUCCAUCACCCACCUGGAGAGUACAACACCAUGUCACACUCCUCCAUCACCCACCUGGAGAGUACAACACCAUGUCACACUCCUCCAUCACCCACCUGGAGAGUACAACACCAUGUCACACUCCUCCAUCACCCACCUGGAGAGUACGACCCCCCAUCACACUUCCCCAUCACCCACCUGGAGAGUACGACCCCCCCCCCCCGUCACACUCCUCCAUCACCCACCUGGAGAGUACGACCCCCCAUCACACUUCCCCAUCACCCACCUGGAGAGUACGACCCCCCAUCACACUCCUCCAUCACCCACCUGGAGAGUACGACCCCCCGUCACACUCCUCCAUCACCCACCUGGAGAGUACAACACCAUGUCACACUCCUCCAUCACCCACCUGAAGAGUACGACCCCCCGUCACACUCCUCCAUCACCCACCUGGAGAGUACGACACCAUGUCACACUCCUCCAUCACCCACCUGGAGAGUACAACACCAUGUCACACUCCUCCAUCACCCACCUGGAGAGUACGACCCCCCGUCACACUCCUCCAUCACCCACCUGAAGAGUACGACCCCCCGUCACACUCCUCCAUAA